AUGGAACAAAUAAUUCCCACUGUUAAAAAAAGAACCGUUUUUGAAUCGGGAGGAAAGACGAUCAUAGCUCUUUCUCAAGAUGAUAACAGAUUAAUUGCCGCUAAUAAAAACGGCAUUACGAAGAUCCUACUUUUGAAUAAACCAGAAGAUGAACCCGAAGUUAUUCAAGUGUCUGAGAAUUUGACAUCAUUAAGGGCACUGUCCAAUGAAAGAUUUAUCUUGACGACGGUAAAAGGUGACGCAUUUGAGUAUAACUACAAAGGCCAGAAAGAAACUUUAUUACUGAGAACAUCAUUACCUUUACGUGAUUGCUCAUUAAUUCAUAAUGGUAAAACAAUUAUCUUUGCAAGUGAUGAUUUAGAAUUAGUGUCAGUCGAUUUAGCGGAUGACUCCGAGUCCGCUGAUCCAUCGAAGAGAUCUAAGUCUAAUCAAAUUUUGACACUGCCAGAUCAAAUCUCUCAAUUGUCUUACUCUCCAAAGACCAACAUUUUGGCAAUUUCCUUAAUUAAUGGGAACGUUCAAUUUUAUUCUUUGUCGUCAGCUCAACCUAAUAAAGUACAUCAGUUAGACAAUUGUGUAUUACCUAAAUCAUAUCAAUUAUUUGAUAAAACGACUGAUGGUGAUGAGAAAAAAUCCAGCAAACUUGAUGACAUAUUAGAUGACGACAUUUCAGACCUGAGCGAUGAUGAAGGCGAUAGUGCAAAAAUUACUGAUUCUGAAUUUACCGAAACUAACAGAAUUUGUACUCGUGUUACUUGGCAUCCAACUGGGUUAUGGUUUGCAGUUCCAGAUAAGUAUGGAUCGGUUAAAGUGUACACUUUGAAGAAUUAUUCCUUAGCUGUGACAUUGUCUACCGAAACAUCUAAGAAGUUAAUUGAUGUCCAAUUUGAUACCACAAAUGGUGAACAUAUUGCAGCUAUUGACAUGGAUAAUAGAUUAACGGUUUGGAAAUGGAAGACGGAUGAAAUAAUAUAUACCAAACAAUUUAAAAACAUGCAAUUGACUAAUUUAUUGUGGAAACCCAAUGGAGAAUUGCUUGAUCUUAUCCUUGGUUCCUGGACAGGUAUCAUUACCACUGUGAGCAAUAUUGCAAAGUCAUCUUCCACAAAGAUUAAUGAUAAAAUAGAUAACUCCAGCGAUAAUGCUACUAAAUCUACUAGAAAUGGAUUAUUUGUAGAUUCUGAUGAUGAUGAAGAUGAUAUGGCAGGUGGAGAAAGUCAAAUUAAUCCAAAUAUUGAUACAGUUGCCAAGGAUGAUGAAAAUGACAAUAACCAAGACGCAAAUAAUGAAGAUGAUGAUGAGGCUCUGUUUGGCGAUGACCAAGAAACAAAGAAGAGAAAAUAUCAUUUCGACGAUGAAGAAGACUUCAUUGAUGACGACGAUAAUGGGGGCUACAUUGAGAGAAAUAGCUCUGAUAAUUUAAGGAAAUCAAAAUUACAUAAAUCCAGUAAUUUUACUAAUACAACACUUACAAAUUUAAACAAAUUUAAAUAUAAACCAUUAUCUCCAGGUGCUACUCCAUUUGCUUCUUCCGAUAGACGCUAUCUAACUAUGAACAAUAUUGGUUAUGUCUCUACAGUACGUAAUAAUGGUCAAUAUAGUAUUACUGUGUCCUUUUUUGACCUUGGGAGAUUCAAUGAAUACCAUUUUGAGGAUUUAUUUGGUUACGAUAUUUGUUUUCUGAAUGAGGAUGGUACACUAUUUGCUCAAUCCAAAACUGGACAAUUGCAUUAUAGACCGCAUGAUACUCUACAUUCCACAUGGACUAAAUUAGUAUCGUUAGUGGAUGGAGAGAUAAUCACAUCUAUUGCCUCGACCAGCCACAGGGUAAUUGUUGGUACCUCUUCUGGUUAUUGCACAUCAUUUAACGAAUAUGGUCUCAUUUUGGGUAUGGAGAAAUUAUCUCCUAUUGUAUUACUAACUGCAUAUGAUUACAGAGUAUUUAUUAUCCAUUAUUCACCUUACCAUGGCAUAUCUUAUUCCCUUUUCGAACAAUCACCAACAAAAUCUAUUUACUAUCAAAGGGAGACUCCAUUACCAAGCAAUUUACCAAAUACGUUAACUGCAAAAAAUAAAAUGUCUGAUCCAGAUUACGACCGUUUUAACCCUACUGGUAUAAAGAGUAUAUUUUUUUCAUUAUAUGGUGAUCCAUGUGUCUUUGGCUCCGAUAAUGUUUUGAUUGUAUUAAGUAAAUGGAGAUACAAUAUGGAGAGUAGGUGGUUACCUAUUUUAGAUACUGACAUGGAAAUUUGGAAGAUGGCAGGAGGAAAAGAGGAUUCAGAUGUGCACGUUUGGCCAUUGGGCCUCAUAUAUGAUACUUUGAACUGUGUCUUAGUUAAAGGUAAGAAACAAUGGCCUGAAUUUCCACUACCUCUACCGUCUGAAAUGGAAGUCAAAAUCCCGGUUCUCGUUAAAAGCCAACUACUGGAAGAACAUAAACUUAAGUUGAAGAAAGAUGCCGAAGAAAACGAAUUUGACAGGGAUUUAGACGGAUCAGAUGAUUUAGAUACCAAUGUGGAGAAAGAAAUCACUGUGCCUGUAAACAUUGCGGCAGAGGAAGAAUAUGUGCGUUCAAAGGUGUUGUCUUCCUUAUUAACGGACACCAUUGAGAAUGAUGGUGAGAUGUACGGUAACGAAAACGAUUUACUUCAAACUCUUGUAGGUAAUUUUGACAAAUCUCUUCUAAGAUUAUUUGCUGUAGCAUGUUCGAGUCAGAAUACAGAAAAGGCACUCUCGAUUGUGCAAGAGUUAAAACAAGAUAGGGCGUUGACAGCAGCAGCUAAAAUCUCAGAGAGGGCAGAAAUGAUGACUCUCACGAAACGUAUUAACGACUUAAGAGAAACUAGAUUUGAACAACAAAUCAACAAUAUAUAA